GCUUCUCAAAUUAACUGAUCGAAGGGAGUACAUAUAUUGUUUGGGGCGUGGAGGAGGUUCUAAAAGAGAAAAAUACUAGAAAAACAAGUGUUUACGGAAGAGUGCAGAGAGUAGAAAGAAAUGGAGGUUGUUGUGCCAAGUUCCAAGACAAAGGACGACAGAUGAUGUUAUUAAAAUAGGUUAAAAUAAGAGAUACUUCUUCAUCAUGCUUGGUAUGAUGGAACAGAUGAAAUCCAAAAGUUUUGUUGCUCUUGUGGCAUGCAUCAUUAUAACCAGUAUUGUAGUGUGCCUGUUUGAAGAUUCCAAACCUCUUAUUCAUGAUUUUUUGUCGUCUUCUGAGAGACAAAUAACUCAUCAAUUAAAGGACAUAAAGAUGGUCUCUUCCGAGACACCCGGGAUUGAGGGUAAUCCAGAGUACCUGAAGAUUCUUGGUUUCACAGACAGUCCUUGGUUGUACUUUUCCAAUAACUCAAAAAAUGUGACGCUACCAGUGAUAGUAACGGCCGUCUCACCCGGUGAAAGUGAAAUGGCUCUUGUUUUCAUGAAGUCCUGUCAGAAGUAUAUGCCAGACCAUUCUGUUAUAUUAUAUGGUCUUGACUUGUCAGUAAGAGAAGCAACUGCUCUCCAACAAGCCUGUAAUCUCACAAAAUGUGCUGUACGGAUGUUUGAAUUUGAUUUCUUUCCAUCACAUCUUCGUAAUUUGAAACUCUCUGCUUAUCGGCCAGUUAUAAUACAGGUAAGUGAAUU